UUCCAUACACAUUCCCAUCACUUUCUUCUUUGUUUAGUAAUCACUGUCACCAUCAUCAGGCAUGGGUCGCCGUAAGAUCGAGAUUAAGAUGGUGAAAGACACCAACACAAGGCAGGUCACAUUCUCCAAACGAAGAACCGGUCUUUUCAAGAAAGCCAACGAACUUUCUAUUCUCUGCGGAUCCGAGGUUGCUAUUGUGGUCUUCUCUCCGGGAAACAAGCCUUACUCCUUCGCCCACCCCACCGUCGACGCUGUCGUCGCCAAGUUCCUCAUCCAAAACCCUGAGCGGCGUGGUGGAGGCGAUGAUGACGAGGACAGCAGCGAUGAUAAUGAUGGUGGUGCUGAUCCAGACACCUUGGACCAUUUGUUCAAGGAGACUGUGGAACAGGUGCGCAUGGAGGAAAAAGUGGGCGCGGCGCGUGAAAAGGCUAUCAAAGAGGUUGUUGAGGGAGGGAAGAAAUGGUGUGAGAUUGGUGAAUUGAGUGAACUGAAAAGGAGGGUGAGGGAGCGUCUUACUAUGUUGGAGACGGUUGAGUCCAUGAUGCUUCUUUCACAUGAACCUGUGGUGAUGGGAACCACUGUGGAUAACCAUCUUUCUAAAAUCAAGAGGAGAAGAUCAAUGAUGUAAUGGUAAUCAUUAAUUCUUAAUUAGUAAUUAGCAUCAACUAUAGCUAUAUUUUGCCCCAAAUUUCCGCCACUAGUUCCAUGGGUGGAAUACUGUAAUUUCAUCAAUAAGCUCUUUAUUAUAUUUUGCUUAUCUUGAAUUUCUAGUUUAAUUUGUAAAUGAAUUGAAAGAUGAGAA